AUGUCAACCGUCAAACGCAUUGUUUUGGCUUUCGCUGCAGCGGCCAGUGCCGCCGCCUCCUUGGACUCGAAGUCUCACGCAGGAAGUGAUGUACUCACCGUCGGUGUUCUUGGUGAUUACGGCUGGACUGGCUGGGAGCCCGCUUCAUUGAACUUCUGCAACAAUGUGAUGCCUCGCCUGAUCGCUAAUAACAUCACCAUUCCUCGAGAGCUCCAGAAUGACUGCGAUGCUGGUGACCGUGGAAACAUCGUCAAUGCCACCGCGGAGCAGACUUCCACCGCAUCUUACAUUGGCAAGGUUUGCGCUAUGAAGAACUGCAGCGCCAUCGUCUCCGUCGGUGAUAACUUCUACUCCAGCGCCAUUGACUUCUCUACUGGCGGAGUCAAUCGCUUUGAGAAAGCUUGGUCCUCCAUGUACGAAGGUGGAAUCUUUAAUAACACCCGCUGGUAUCAAACAUUGGGUAACCACGAUAUUGUUAAGGGUCAAGCUGGCGUGGACUUUCAGACCAAAAUAGCCCCCCUGUACGACAGCAGAUGGUACUUCGGCACAGAGGGACUUCCCUAUUAUACUUAUGACCUGGCGGGCAAGGACUGGAAGGCCACCUUUGCAGUUGUGGACUCUGAUUGCUUUAUCAACAAAUACCAAAAGGACACCUCGGUCUACCAAAACGAAUACACCCUAUCCUGUUACAAAGAUAAGCAGGUCCAGGUCGACUUUGUUGAGCAGGCCUUCGCCAAGUCUGAUGCUCAAUGGAAGUUCCUGCAAAUUCACCACGGCUAUAUGUCUUCCAGCACCAACUUCACUGAGCUUGCUCCCUUUGUUGAAAUCGUUGAGAAGUACAAGGGCAUUGUUGUUAAUGGUCACGAUCACUGCCUCGCUCACUAUUACUCCAACAAUACCAACUUCAUCUUGACUGGUGGUUCUGGAUACGCUGAGCCCGGAGACUGCAACUAUGGCGUCGCCUUGGGCCCCUAUGCCAAGUUCCUUGGUGCCAACUCCCAGGGCGCUGGUAACGGUUUCGUGACCAUAGACAUUAGCAAGAAGUCCGUCAACGUUGAGUACUACGCUCGGGACAUGUCCUACAAAGGUGGUGACCUGUAUCCUGUCAAGAACCCGAUGAAGCCUAUCUACUCGUUCGAGGUAGACGCUAAAAAUUGA